GGAGUGAGAGUGUCAGUCCCAGUACAGAACCAGUUGAGUGAGGACAUGAUGACUGUACAGCUGAUGUCAGUGCUACCACCAUUGCCAUAUGUGUCUGUGGUCAACAAGUGUUUGUGUUAGAAGUGAACUGCCACCUUCCUUGCCGACUCAUACUCCACUCCAUACUCGCACACCUACCUACUCUGGUGCCUCCUAUACCCACUAUCCGUAAAUGAGUGGUGGAAUGGAAAUGUCAGAGAAAGUACUACACAGAGAGGGCAGCCUCUGCUCUCCUGACCCUCACCAGCAACUACUGACAGCUUUCCAGGACAGAGACCUCAGUACCUUUCAGAACAUCCUGAACCAGGGAAUCCGGGACUCUUAUAUUGACCCUAAUUACUGGUUUGAGGACCCUCACUAUGGCACGCUACUCGACCUUGCUUGCCGUUCAUCCAACAACAGCCAAUACGUAAAUACACUUCUACAAGCUGGUGCAGACCCCAACAAGAUAAAUCGUGUUCGAAAAAAGUCUCCUCUACAUUUUACAAUAGAUGCUAAGGAUAUUCAGUCAUUUGAACUAAUUUUAAAUGAUCCCAGAACAAACCCAAACAUCCUCGACAACAAGGGAAACCCACCGAUACAUUCAGCAGCUGAAUUACCAGACAGUGAAUUUCUUGUCAAACUCCUCAACCAUCCUAAAAUAAAUGUCAAUCUGGUUAACAAGAAGGGUCAAACAGCUCUACAUAUUGCGGCCCAGCAAGAGAAUGAAGAAGCAGCUUUGUUGUUGAUCAUGGCAGGAAUUGAUUUAGACAGUGUAAAAAAUGUUGCUGGUAAAACAGGUCGCGAUUUGAUACUGACGAACCUUCCAGAACUAGAGAAGAAGCUACCAACAGGGAACAUUUCAAAGAUGGAAAAUGGAAGUCCCAAUGAUCUUUUCAAUAUGUUACAUAGGCGAGAUACAGAAACUUUCCUUGCUGCUGUUCGUGUACAAGACAAAUCCUUUUUGGACAACCAUGAUGGGUCCCACACCUAUUUACAAUACGCUUGUGACUUUGGGCUGAACAAGAUUGUUGAGACUUUGCUUCGCGAAGGAGCAAACCCCAAUGCGACAAACCCUUCUAAAAUUUCUACUCCUCUAAUGUUGGCAGGCUACAGAGGUUAUGUUCAUAUUAUCCGCCUUUUCAUCAAUAAUGACAACACUCACUACUCACCAGUUGAUGGUGAAAAUGUUCUCCAUUCAAUCAUUCAUGGAAUAACUGAUGAUCAACUGCCUCUUGGAGCAAGUAAAGAAAAUCGAGAUCAUUUCAAAUGCUUGGAGCUGCUUCUGAAAGAUGUACCACGAUCGAAACUAGAUAUAAACUGUGGAGAUGUAAAAGGGAAUACACCUCUUCACUACGCAGCUAAACAUGGAGACCCCAAUGUAAUUUUGUUGCUACUGCGACAUGGAGCUUACGUAGGCCAAAGAAACGUUCUUGGUCAACCUGCUUUUGCUGAUAUAAAUCCAAGAAUACUAGAAAAUUACUUUGAUGAAUGUCUUACAACAAAUGACAAACUACCAAGAGAAGAUAAUUUUGAAAUAGUGUUUAAAUAUAACUUUUUGGCUCCUCCAAAAGUACCCAUGAAAAGCUUGACUUCUUCACAAGUGACACUACAACUUGAAUCCGGCCAAUCAGAUAUUGUGACAUCAGAAAACAUGCUUGAAUCUGAUCCUCUCCUGUACAUGAGUCGCUCAUCUGAUUUCCGUCCCCUUCUUAAGCAUCCAAUUUUAACUAGUUUUAUAUAUCUUAAAUGGCACAGAAUCCAGAGGUAUUUCUUUUUCAAUCUUACAUUCUAUGUUAUAUUUUGGGCGUUACUGACAUGGUAUAUUCUUGGAAUAUAUGGAGCACAGAAAACACCACCUGAGAAUGAUAUGAAGACAAAUAUUAGUAGAGUAAGGCGAAGUUUUAUGGAUGACGAAUCAUCUCAAAAUAGUCUGGCUGAACCAUUGAGAGUUUUGGUGACAGUAUUUCUCAUAAUUCUGAUUGCUAGGGAGAUAUUUCAGUUGGCAAUUUCACCAAUCAAAUACAUCUGCAAUCCAGAGAACUGGCUAGAGAUAGCACUUAUCGGAGCCACCAUAUCAAUUUUGUUUGGCAGCACGACAGCUCAACAACAGAUCUCAGCAGUAGCUAUUCUUCUAUCCUGGGCAGAAUUGAUUUUGCUAAUUGGACGACAUCCAGCUAAUUCCACAAACAUAGAAAUGUUAAAGACAGUCUCCUGGAAUUUUUUGAAAUUUCUAGCUUGGUAUUCAAUUUUGAUCAUAGCGUUUGCUCUCAGUUUCUAUACCCUUUUCCGUGACUCAGAAGACAGUGAAGACAAUUUUUUUUUGGACCCUGCAAUGUCUAUAUUCAAAACUGUUGUUAUGCUAACUGGAGAAUUCGAUGCUGGAUCUAUCCCAUUUGUUGCCCACCCUGGAGUAAGCCACAUUCUUUUCGUAAUAUUUGUGUUUCUAAUUGCUAUCGUAUUGUUCAAUCUCCUCAAUGGUCUCGCAGUGAGUGACACUCAGGCCAUCAGAGCCGAUGCAGAAUUAGUUGGUUACGUGUCCCAAGUGAAAUUGGUUUCUUAUAUAGAAACUAUGGCACACGGAGAUCCUACUCCUUUCAAGGAUUUGAUUGCCAAGUUGAAGAAUCUUUGCUGCUUCGUACCAGAAAUAAACUGCUGCUCAACUCAGUUUGGCUGUUUGAGAAUGUUCUCCAGAAAAAUUGCUUUAUUCUCUGAUUUGUCACCUGAUUAUGAAAUACGAGUUUUGCCAAAUCAAGAGAACAGGGUUGAGGCUUUUAGCAAUGGGCACAGGCGCAAACGUCGAGAAAUGCAGGAAGAUGACACCACUUGUGUAGAAAGAUGUUCGAUCAUUAGUAUGGACCCGACAAUUGUAAAAGCUGCCAGGGAGAUCCUCAGCCGUAGAUCUGAGGAUGACAUCUACCGCAUGCACAACAAGAGUGAAAAUGAACGAGACAGGCUGUUUGUGGAGUAUGGCAGACGACUAGAUCGGUACAGGGACCAGCUAGAGGUGGUCAUGAAGACCUCAGAAAAAACCCAGAUAAUGAUGCAACAACUUCUUGAUUUGAUGGUAAAGAAGAACAAAGGGCCUAUAGGAUGGUCCGAAGAGAUCGGUUAAUCUCUGGGUACCUGAAUGACUGAAUGUAAAUAAUAAAUUUAAUGCUUAUCAAAUAUUAAUUGUAUUUAAUUAAUCUUUUAUUAAUGUAAUAGAAACAAUAUAUCACAAAACUUUAAUAACCUAGAAAGACUAAACAUUCCCUCAAAGUUUAGAAAAUAAUGGAAAAACAAUCAACACGUUAACCCUAUAACGAUAUCAUAAAAUAUUGCAUUUCUUGCCUGUAUCUAAUGUGUAAAAAUUAUAAACCAGUUGAUACUUUUUGCAGUUGUAUGUUAGAUCAUGGGAAUUUAAUGAUUGAGUGUACUCCACUUAAAUAUUAAAAUACAUUUUUGAAGAAAAACUGAAAAGAUUACAAAAAUUGGUGGUUGAAUGAAUUUUAAAUUAUUGGGAUUGUAAAUAAUUAUAAGAUCACCAAACAAAUAUCAAUACAAUCAUAAACUAAGUUGUCUAAGUUGGUAAAACCCUGUCUACUAGAUAAGUGCAAUUAAAGAAAAAAUGUUUCAACACCUAUGUGGAGAAAAUUAACUCUUUUACAAAAUACAAAAUAGAAUUUUGAAAUAAAAUUUGUUAAAAACAACAAGGAGUUUAAAUAUUCCUAAAUUUAACAACUAUGAUUAAGUGUGGUUUCAUAGUUAGUGAUAUUUACUACAUUACAUUUAUAAAAUUAGAGUUACACAUUUAUAAUAUAUGUAAAAGUAUAUGUAUUUAUUAUAUAAUUCACGAGUAAGUGGAAGUUUGUAACAAUGUUUGUUAAACAUUGAGUUUACACUUUAGAUUAAUGUUUCCUAUCAUAGUUAUAUUAAUAGUAACUAAGUUACAUGCUUUUGUACGUGCCUUGAUAACAAUGAUUUUUAUAAAUUUGUUUUACAGCUGUGUAAAUAAAACUUUAUAAAACAGUCA